AUGGUUGAGUCCGCUGAAGAGACAGGACGCAGGUUGGAAAUGCAGCCGGGCAUGCAGGCUCCUUACUCCCUGGAGAUGGGCUCCUUCCCUCACUUCUAUUCCCCUGUUCAUGCCAGCUCCACAUCUGUGAGCCCAUCAUCAAGCCUUUCCACAGGAAAUUCAGUGGACGGGCACCACAACUACCUCGAGGCGCCUGCGAACGCCUCCCGGGCGCUGCCGUCCCCCAUGAACCCCAUUGGGUCUCCAGUGAAUGCUCUGGGCUCGCCCUACAGAGUCAUUGCCUCCUCCAUUGGCUCACACCCUGUUGCUCUGUCCUCAGCCCCAGGCAUGAAUUUUAUGACACACGCCAGCCCACAGCUCAACAUCCUGAACAAUGUCAGCAGCUCAGAGGAUGUCAAGCCCUUGCCAGGUCUCCCGGGGAUUGGGAACAUGAAUUAUCCAUCUACAAGCCCAGGAUCCUUAGCCAAACACAUCUGUGCCAUCUGUGGGGACAGGUCCUCAGGGAAACACUAUGGGGUGUACAGCUGUGAGGGCUGCAAAGGCUUCUUUAAGAGGACAAUCCGGAAGGAUCUGAUCUACACCUGCCGUGACAACAAGGACUGUCUCAUCGACAAGCGCCAACGCAACCGCUGCCAGUACUGCCGCUAUCAGAAGUGCCUCGCCAUGGGGAUGAAGAGGGAAGCUGUGCAGGAGGAGAGGCAGAGGAGCAGGGAGCGGAGCGAGAACGAGGCCGAGUCCACAAGCAGUGGCAGUGAGGACAUGCCUGUGGAGAGGAUCCUGGAAGCUGAGCUGGCUGUCGAACCCAAGACGGAGGCCUACAGCGACAUGAACACAGAGAGCUCAACAAAUGACCCUGUCACCAACAUAUGCCAUGCAGCUGACAAGCAGCUCUUCACACUUGUCGAGUGGGCCAAGAGAAUCCCCCACUUCUCUGACCUGACUCUGGAGGACCAAGUCAUUCUCCUCCGGGCAGGCUGGAACGAGCUGCUCAUUGCCUCUUUCUCCCAUCGCUCCGUGUCAGUGCAAGACGGCAUCCUCCUGGCCACGGGCUUGCACGUGCAUCGCAGUAGUGCUCACAGUGCUGGUGUGGGCUCCAUAUUUGACAGGGUUUUGACAGAGCUGGUGUCCAAAAUGAAAGACAUGCAGAUGGAUAAGUCGGAGCUGGGGUGCCUGCGAGCCAUUGUCCUGUUCAACCCAGAUGCAAAGGGUUUGUCCAGCCCCUCAGAAGUGGAAUCACUGCGGGAGAAGGUCUAUGCCACGCUGGAAGCCUACACCAAGCAGAAGUACCCUGAGCAGCCAGGGCGGUUCGCCAAACUCCUCCUGCGCCUGCCAGCACUGAGGUCCAUCGGGCUGAAGUGCCUGGAGCACCUCUUCUUCUUCAAGCUGAUUGGGGACACUCCCAUUGACACCUUCCUCAUGGAGAUGCUGGAGACACCCCUGCAGGUCACUUGAGGGUCUGGCUCCACUCUGGCCAGACUCUGGCCUCCCCAUGCCCCUGCACAGCCUCUCAACCCUCUACUCUGAGCCUGUGAGAGCUCAAGAGAUGUCCUACACCCUCCACUCCUCCUUGGUGGGAUUGUUGUGGUUUUGUACAGCUGUAAAUCAGCCCCUGUAACCCUGUCUGACCAUGGGGGGUAUCACAGAUCCUCUGACCAUUCCUCUGCCCCCCUGUACAGAUAAUUGCUUUAAAUUAUUUUUUCACUCUCAAUAAAAGCCAACAAAACAAAUAAAAUAAUAUAUGAGAGAGGCACUGAUUGGAGCUGGCAGAGCAGUGUCCUCUCUUGCUGUGGUCACAGGUCCAGCUUGGGAUGGGGCUGAGGGAUCCUCCAGAGACUCUUGAGCAGCCCAAAUCAGGGCAGGAACACUACUCAAGAUAAUGCUGCUUGUGCUGUUGGGGACAGUCCUUUGGCCAAGAGAGAACACACAUUGUUGCUCCUUGCUCCUGCUAAGGAAAAACCUGGAGAAACUUGCUGCUUUGGACCAGAACAUUUCAAUCCACCACCUUAGAAAGAAACUCUUGGACUCUUUUUGAAGUGAUUUAAAAAGUGACUUUGUAAUGUGCUUUUUCUUUUCUAAGCUAGUCCAGCCACUGAAGGAAGAACUGAAAUGCUUCAUUUUGGUCCAGGUGGAGUACAUUGAGGUAACCCAAACAUGGUGUGUUCAUGGACAAUUUUAACUUUCCUGAAGCUUCAUGGAUCCUGUUCUCAGGAAACCUUUUAUUUCUGUCUGUAUUUUUGCAGUGGAAUUGGGCUCUUCAACCCCUAAUUUCUAAUCUCAUACCUCCAUGAGUAAAACUUGCAGAGAGAGGAAGCACAAGACACUCUAGCAAAACCUGCUUCAAAGGUCUGCCUGUUUUUUCCCCUCCUCACAUGGCACUGCUGGAGCUUCCCAUCGCACUGAGCUAACCAGAGUCAAACGAGUUAAAGAUGUGAAUUUGUUCAAUACGCUGAGCUUAUCCUGGUGGGAAAACAUCCUCCCAGGAACCCAGCAAAACUGCCUGUAUUAUUAUUCAUAAAACAGGUGUAGUGUUAAGUGAUCUGCCCCUUCUGACCCUCUCAGCAGACAGUGCAGUGAGAUGCAGCCGUGCUUUGUCUGUCCGCAUGACAGAUUGCAACUCUGCUGCUCGGCGACUCGGGGAGCUUCGAGGGAAAGGAGUAGUGAUAACAGGAAAGAAAGAAAGAAAGGAGGAUAAAAAUGGAACAUUUUUUUAAAAAUUACCACACGGGGACAUGAUUCAUUCUCCAGUAUUUCAUUGUGAAAAGGACAAAGAACCAAAAAUGCAGGAGAAAGAAACAAAAAUCCAAAAUUAUGAAAACUGUUAUUUUUUUUCUACACUGGAAAAAACAGGGAGCAUUUCAAAAGAGGUGAAAAACAUUGACUUAAGGAGAUAUUUUUAAUUGAAAAGGUGAUUUUUCCAUUAAAGGGAGAGUGUUUAAAAACAUAAA